CGGUUGCUGCUUGAUGGCGUACUGUAUAAAUUAUUUCGAAAAUAUUGUGAUUUCAUUAACAGCAAAAUUUUUGGAGAUGGACGAUGGUCACACUUGCAAAUGUUAUUUUGCCGUUAUUGUACAGUAUUGCUAUCGGAAAAAUUUUGCCUUUACGGUAGCCGCUUACUGCUUGGCAGGAAAUUUCGUGGAUUUCUUUUGAAUACCAGCUCGUAUCUCUUGUGAGAGCAGUAACGUUACAUCUGUCGUACUCGUUUCUGGUCGAUUCAUAAGAAUGAAACGCUUGCGGAUACGUCUUGUCUGUGACAUUCUCAAAGCUUCAAGCCAACGACCCUCUUCUCUUUCCCGCAGCGUCGUUAUCCCCUCGAACUCACGGAAUCUCUCGUCCUCAACGAACGACAUCCAAAGCUUCCCCUUCGGUUGCCGCGGCCGCACUGUCACACCGAGCAGUCUCAUGGAAAAGUGCAACGUCAUCUUCGUCCUAGGCGCACCGGGAUCCGGCAAAAGCACCCUCUGCUCGCAGCUGGCCGCCUACCUCGACUAUCAGCACCUCUCCGCCGGCGAACUGAUCCGCCAGGAAGCUGGCAAUCCGCUGUCCCCGCACGGGAAGACGGUGGCGGAGGCCAUCCGGGUUCCUGGGGCGUUUGUUCCGGCCGAGAUCACCGUGGAUCUUCUGCAGCGGGCCAUGCAGAGCUCCAGCAGGAAAGAGUUCCUGAUCGAUGCGUUCCCGGUGAAUAUGGCCAAUCUGCAGGCGUGGAACGCCAAGAUGGCCAGUGCGGCGGAGAUCCCGUGCGUGCUGUUCCUGGAGGUGCCCAUGCGGCUGGCCACGGAGCGCUGUUUGGGCAGGAAGCGCGGGGAUGAUACGGCGUUGGGACUGGAGAUAGCGCUGGAAGUCGUACAUGGACCAAACGCGGCCCGAUGGUCGAGUUCUACAAAGAGAAGGGCCUCCUGCGCACCGUAGACGGCAGUCAGUCGCCCGAACAGGUGCUCGAAGCCACGAAGCGGAUGCUGCCCGUUAAGGGGAAGGACACCGAGCCCGAUAGGUCCAAAUGGGGUGGAUAAAGUGUUGGGUUGUUUUUCUUUGUAGAAGUACGAGUAUAGUUUCUUUUUUAUAUGCAUAUGCUGUUCGCAUUCUAGAAUACGGUGCCUGAUUGAUUGAUUGUGGGAGAUGACUGCAGGCUAUAGCUUCUCAUUUAAUUGAUACUUCUUGUUGAUGUUUUUAUUUGCCAGAACUGACAGUUGCACUUCGAAUGCGAACUAUGCGAUAUCUAGAAAUUUCCUAUGAGUUUAUUGACUUAUGUUGAACUGUUGAUUACAUUCCCGCGGCUAAUAAAAUUUUG